AUGAGAUUCGCAAACACAGUCGUGGCUCUUGUUGGCCUCACAACAGCUCUUGGUCAAUCCAACCCUCUUCGUAUCCUCCCCCCAAAUUGGUCUUUUACCAUCUCGUCUAUACGCGGUCCGGGCUGUCCUGACUCGGGCAAAAAUGGCACGGUCUCACGCGCCACGCGCCUAACUUUCGGUUCCAACACCGUCGAUGGUAGUGAAAUCUACUAUUGGUUUAUCGCAUACCCAUGGAUGCGUGUUGACCUUCAGGCUGGCCCCCGCCAUACAUGGUGCGAGGCGACUUUAUUAUACAAGGAAUACAAAGAUGUAAACAAGACUGCUGAGGCGGAGAAGUAUAAGCUGAGGCUGCACAAGAAUGGGACGAAGGAAAUCAUGACAUACGAAUUGGAUGAGGGAGUAAAGGUUUACUGGGACUUUGCUUACUACGUGGGUGAGGGGAGUGGGAGAGCAGAGGUCGCAGAUACAAUUGCAUUGGCUGGUCCUGCGUCAUCUGGUCAGUACGCUCAAGAGCACUAUUCUAACAUUAGUUACCCGCCUGAGCUCAUUGCCCAGUCUAACUGCGGAAGUGGGACAUUUUCGUUCCGCACUGAGAUGUGGGUUGAAGGAAAAGACGGUCAGAAAGGCGUCGUAGAUAGUGAGCACUCGUAUAGUGAGGAGCUUGGAAACCAGUAUUAUGGUGCGCAGCAGGGGUUUAGCUACGACUGGGAGCAGUGUGAGUAG